AUGUCUGAAAUUCUCAAUAUUAAUGAGCGUCCAUUCUCAGAUGAGAAUAUUGUAAAGAGAGAUUAUCAUAGCUAUGUUCCCUAUAUUCAAUCGUUUAAAAAUAAUGAUGAAAUUCGUAUAAGUAUACAAAAUCAAGACCUAUACGUUCUGCCAUCCGAAAGCUAUUUAUAUAUUGAAGGCUAUUUAAGAAAAGCAAAUGGUGAAAAUUCUUCAAAUGCUAGACUAAGGAAUAAUUGUGUGGGAUAUAUGUUUGAUGAAAUUCGAUAUGAAUUGAAUGGAAUUGAAAUCGAUCGUACACGUUAUCUAGGUGUAACUACGAAAGUUAAAAAUUGGAUUUCUCUAAGUGAAUCUGAAAGUAAAGUUAUGAGUAAUGCUGGAUGGGGUGUUGAUGAUGUGUCAACCAAUUCCUUCAACUUUUGCAUGCCACUGAACCGUUUGCUUGGAUUUGCUGAAGACUUCAAAAAAGUAAUUUGUAAUAGCAAACAUGAUUUGAUUCUUUUGCGGAGUGCCAAUGAUACAAAUGUAUGCUAUUCUACAGACUCAAAAGAAGAUAUUCGUCUUACUAUUACAAACAUUGUGUGGAAAGUGCAACACAUAAAUUUGUCUGACUAUAGAAAAAUUAGUUUCUUGAAAACAAUAAAGGAUGGAAAAACAUUACCAAUAGCAUUUCGUAGCUGGGACUGCUACUUUAAUCCAACAUUUGUUGGUGGAAGACAACACAGCUGGAAUGUUAAAUUAUCGGCAAAUCAUGAAAGACCACGAUAUGUGGCAUUUGUAUUUGAAAAAGAUCACAAAUUGAUGCAUUGUGAUCUUCAAAACAUCAAAGUACAUUUGAAUUCAGAAACGUAUCCCUAUGAUGAUUUAAAUCUAAAGUAUGGAGAAAAUCGCUAUGCAGUACUUUACGAUAUGUAUACCAAGUUUCAAGAAACAUACUAUAUGAGAGAACCACAUCCACUUCUUUCCUACAAAGGCUUUAAAGACAAUCCAAUUGCUGUCAUUGAUAUAAGUAAUCAAAACGAAGUCGUGAAGAAUGGACCAAUUGAUUUGAAGAUCCAAUUUGAAACCAGUACACCAAUUCCCCCAAAUACUUUAGCAUAUUGUCUGAUUAUCCAUGAUCGUCUGGUGGAAUACAUACCUUUGACUGGAAUUGUUCGAAAAUUUUGUGGACCUGGUACAAAACUUAAAUCCCGCUUGAAGAAGGGUGAUAAAGGUAUUAAUCCAUUGGAUGCUGCGUGUAAAGUACACGAUAUUGCCAAUGCAAAAACAGAAGACAUUGAACAACGACAUAUUGCAGAUCGUGAACUGACUGAAAGAGCGUGGGAACGUGUGAAAGCUAAAGAUAGUAGUAUUGGAGAAAAACUGAACGCAUAUUUUGUAACGAACGCAAUGAAAGCUAAAACUAAGUUUGGAAUGGGUUUGAAUAAUAAUAAUAAUUCAUAA